AUGAAGCUUCUGAAGUUCGUGAACAGCGACGCCCCGCACACGCUCGCGGAUGUGCAGCUGCGCAACCAACGACUUUGGUUCCCAUGCAGGCACAGCAACGCGGCGGUGGCGGCGAAGAGCUGGACCCUCAAUGCGGCCUCGCCCACAUCCCUUUCCGGGGGCUACUGGCUGCUGGACGACGACAGCAACCCGAUCUGCGAGAUUACCGACGUGCUCCUCGCGCUCCCCGAGACGGCGGCCAACGCGCCCGGCAGCAGCGGCACCUUCCCCCCACGCGGGGUAACGGACAAGGACGUCGACGGCAUCGACUUCCGCAGCAAGAUGGGGCGGCAGAUGGAGCGGGAGCGUGCGACUUACGGCGCCACUUCGAAGACCGCGACCAAGUCAGCACGGACGAUGAUGAACGCCGAAGAGGUGACGGAGAAAAAGCACGAGCGCAUGAAGCGCGAGCGCGAGGCUGUGGCCGAGGCGAUAGAGGACAACGACACGAGCGUGACGGAGCCGCGCAAGAAGGAGAGGAAGCAGUCGAAGAAGUAG